AGAUGGAACAACUCAGAGCGAGAUACAGACAUUAGCUUCGGUGGAAGCUGAUUUGUUAUGAGUAUGCUGAUUAGAAAAUGGAUUGAGAAAUGGAGAAGUUACAGAUAUCGAUUUGUACCUUGGAUCGCCUGGAAUUUAAGGAAAAGAACAGUACGAGAGGUUGGUUCCACUGAUCAGGACAAGACUGUUCCAGACACCAAAGUGAUUGAGUCCCUUUUGACAGUCCUUCAUGCUCUUCAUGAUAUUGAGAUGCAGUCUGCAAAUGACAGGCAUCAAUCAGGAGUGAUGUAUAACACCUUAGGUUAUGAGAUUAAAAGACUUGAGAGCAGUAUCCCUGGAGCUGGGAAAGGAGUUUUUGUCACUAAAGGAGACAUCCCAGUAGGGAGUCUUGUGGCUUUAUACCCAGGGACAAUUUAUUGGCCUUAUGAACCGAUCUUAAUUCAGUCAGUUGGAAAUCCUUUCGUCUUCCGUUGUAUUGAUGGAAUACUUAUUGAUGGCAAUGAUAAAGGAUUAUCUAAAAUGAUCUACAGGUCAAGUGCUGGAAGAGAUCAAAUUGGCCCAUAUUUACUAUGUGAUACCACUUGGCUUACAAACGAUCCUCAAAACCCACUGGCUGUUGGACAGUACGUCAAUAACAGGACAAAAAACAAGCCAGCAAAUGUGGCAUACCAAGAAGUUGAUAUCCCUCUGCAAAGUGUUGCGCCAAAGCUGUGGAAAUAUCUUCCAAAUGUUUGGUACAGUAGUGGUAAUAUUGCCGGUGAAAACUCGUUUCUUAGAAUAAUUGCAUUGGUGUCUGUUUGUAAGAUUUGUGAAGGAGAUGAGGUGCUUUCUUCAUAUUUUACAGUGGUAAAUUGACAAGGUGAAGAGUCACCUGACCUCCUUCCCAUAUUGCCUCACAUCAUGCUGCUCCCAAGCUGAGAAGCCUUGCCCCCAAGUCUAGUCUUGUCACCCCUAAAUGCAUUGCAUGGUAAUAAAAUUGGCCCAAAAAUCAUGUCAUUAACAAAAUACUUUCAUUUCCUUAAAAACAUUUCUGGUUUUGAUUUUAUUUUUAAUUUAUUUUAAACUAUUAACCGUGCAAAUCUACAUAAAAAUUUAUUUUCUCAUAUAAUGGUGAUUUAAGAAUAAUUUAUAAAACAUCUGCUUUAUGCAAGUAAACAUUUCACACAAAUUUUCGUAAUCUCCUAAAUUAAAAGUUAGUCAUAUAUUACUAUUUAGUUAUAUAUUAGACCUCAUGAUAAAGUACAGAAAAAAGUAUAAAGUUAUCUUUCUAAAUUUUAGCUUACGCAUUUCUGGAUUUUGUACCGAGAAAACCAUUUGCUAUUCUAAAAUAAAAUGAAAAGAUGCAAAA